CUGUCGAUUCGGACACAGUUGUUGCAUGAGUUCAGAUCAUUAAUUUGGAAUCAUUUGGACUUUAUGUUUACAGAAUAUCAGUGUUUAUGUCACAAUGUUCUUGUAUUUUAACGUUUUGAUCGUAGUUGUCAUCUUCAUCAGCGGUUGCUGUCAAGGAAACGUUCGUACGUUAACAUUUACUGAACAUGUAGAAGUCAAAGAGAAAACAGUAAACUUCCCUGCGUCCAAGACGGUAGGAAAAGUUUCGAGAAGAUACUGUGCCAUAUUAUGCAGCACCAGUAACACGUGCGGGUCGUUCUUCUAUGAUGGCAAUAACCAAACAUGUCAUUUGCAUGAUUUUGUAUUUCCAACUGCCGCUGUGACUACUUCAAGUCCAUCGACAAGAUACUAUAUUCCAAGUUGUGAUGAAAGUACGCCACCGUUUUCGAAUACCACCCUGCUAUCUCUGAAUGGCGCACCGAACAUUAAAGCUGGUUGUGUUAAAUCAGGGGAUCUGUCUGAUAUAGCCUGUGCAUCACAUGGACAUUUUAUGAUUUACGCCUGUAAGAAGCCUGAAUCGUGUGCGGAUAUCAAGAAGUUAAUAAAUCCCCCCAUGGAUGGUGACUACUGGCUAUACCCUCCGGGACUUGGGGGUCAGGAGAGAGUCCGCAUCUACUGCCACAACAUGAGCACCACCCCGGAAGAAUUCAUCAGUCUACCUAUCCCCAAUAGUGGUAACUACCCAAACGAAGAGUUGAUACCAUGUUCUGGGCCUAAGAAGUACAGAGUCAUCGGUGACGGUUGGGGCUCGUGGACUUACAACAAAAUCAAGUUGGACUUAACGACACUGGUGGUUAAUCCAACCGAUCGCACCUUUGCAACAUGGAUUGGGACUCCACAAGACUACGGCGUGUCCUUGGACUGCUACCACAACCAUGGCACAACUCGUAGUCCAUGCGGUCCAGUAGGAACCUUCACAAUAGACACAUCUGGGACCGGAUUCCGUGUCAACCCUUCCCUGUCAUGGAAAUCGGUCGGUUGGAUGCCGUGGACCAUUUUCUCUCGUGCCAGCAAUGGCUUGGUGGUGAACUUGAACUGUGGAGGAUACUGCGGGGGUUGUGCUCCUGACGGUCUUCUCACACUCCAGCUAUAUAAAGCAGAUGAGCCACCUUUAUCCGAGGCAACAGUAAGUCCAGUGAUCUUCGAAGUGGCCCGGAAGUUACCAUAGUUUGGAGUCAUGUAAGCUGCUCAUAGAAAUACAAGGGGACAGACUUGCGUUGGUGCGUUUAUUCCAUAAUACGCAUUUGUUAUGACAGGGCUUGCUAUUAAUGUUAUCUUGAAUGUUAGAAUUGUUUUGUUUGAAAGUAAAAUCCUUAUUUGUUACAAGCCUACCGUAUUUUUGUGGAUAUCUCAGAAUACACAAUUACAUCCACGUAACAUCAAAGUUUGUAUGUGUGAAUAAUAAACUGAUGAUAUUCUUGAACGAAUUUCUUCGAUGAAUUUGCCUACGUAAGGAUACAUUCGAGCAUAACCUACAAGCUUCGAGGAAUAUGCUCUUCUGGAGCUGUAUUUAAGUGUUGUUGGAAAGUAUAGUGCCACGGAACUGUACCUCACGUGGAUAUAUAGCCAACAGAUUAAAAUGUGUACAAAGACAUCAUAUAACAAAAGUUCCUGUCACCUUGUCAGCAUUUGGGAUACCAUAACACACAAUCAACCAAAUCAAUGAAACUGACAUCCCUAUCCAGGUGGUUUUAGGACAUAUCAUUGGGACUGGAAUCCACACCGGUUUACGUGGCCAAACAUGCAUUAUUCCUUAUAUGUAAAUAUAUUUUUAGAGUAGAUAUUGUUAUACUGGAAUAGAGAACCCUGUUAUGUACACACAAGGGUAGUGAUGACAAUCAUCGGUGAAGUCAGUGACAUAAACAAAGGAUGAAGCCAUUAAUAUAAACAACGGGAUUAUGGCUGAUUGGGGUCUUUGGUGAGUUGAUGGUAUGCCGGGUAGCCUUGGUCACGGUUGAUUGCCUCCAGUAUAACAAUAUCUACUCUACUGUAUAAACAUUGCCUCCUACUUGUAUAUAUACGUGCCAACCACAUUCUGUA